GGGACGAGAGGGACCCGAGGAGGUCUGGGGCAGCUUGGCUCCUGCAGCGGUCGGGGGCGGGGUCCCCACCGCGCCCCUCCUUCUGCGGCCUGGGCCCCGCCCUUGCUCCCCGCGCCCAGCGGGGUCCUCCCGCCCCGGCCCGGGACCUGGCUACGCCGCUCCCCCGGGGUGCAAUGGCUUCACGGCUCCUGCACCGGCUGCGGCACGCCCUGGCCAGUGAUGGCCCGGGGGAGGCGGCUGCGGCGGCGGGCCCGGAGGUCGAGCAGUUUCCCGAAAGCUCCGAGCUGGAGGACGACGACGCUGAGGGCCUGUCCUCCCGCCUCAGCGGCACCCUCAGCUUCACCAGUGCCGAGGACGAAGAGGACGAGGACGACGAGGACGAGGAGGACGCCGGCCCCGACUCGCUACCCGCUGGAGACGGGGCAUCAGGAGAAGACGCAGAACGAAGUUCCCCACCCGAUGGGCAGCGGGGCAGUCAACUCCUGGCCCGGCAGCUUCAGGAUUUCUGGAAGAAGUCUCGAAACACCCUGGUACCCCAGCGGCUGCUCUUUGAGGUGACCAGUGCCAGUGUUGUCAAGGACCCGCCCUCCAAGUACGUGCUCUACACCCUCGCCGUGAUGGGCCCAGGGCCACCAGAUCGCCAGCCAGCCCAGAUCUCUCGCCGAUACUCUGACUUUGAGCGACUGCACCGAAACCUGCAGCGACAGUUCCGGGGCCCCAUGGCCGCCAUCUCCUUUCCCCGAAAGCGCCUACGGCGGAAUUUUACCGCAGAGACCAUUGCUCGCCGAAGCCGCGCCUUUGAGCAGUUUUUGGGCCACCUGCAGGCAGUGCCUGAGCUACGCCAUGCUCCAGACCUACAAGACUUCUUUGUGCUGCCAGAGCUGCGGCGGGCACAGAGCCUUACCUGUACUGGCCUCUAUCGUGAGGCUCUGGCACUCUGGGCCAAUGCCUGGCAGCUACAGGCCCACCUGAGGGCCUCCUCUGGCUCUGACCGCCCCCUGCUGACCCUGGCUGGACUGGCUGUGUGCUACCAGGAGCUAGAGGACCCUGGAGAGGCACGGGCAUGCUGUGAAAAGGCCCUGCAGCUGCUGAGAGAUACAAGUGCCCAUCUUUUCUUGGCACCCUUUCUAGAGGCUCACGUGCGGCUCUCCUGGCGCUUGGGCCUGGACAAACGACAAUCAGAGGCCCAGCUCCAGGCCCUGCAGGAGGCGGGCCUUACCCCCACACCACCCCCCAGCCUCAAAGAAAUGCUCAUCAAGGAGGUGCUAGACUAACUCCUGCUUAGUCUUAAGGCCACCAUGGGUAGAGGAUUGCCUGAAAAAGAGAAGAGGAGCGAUAAGGAACUGCCCAGAGACCCCUAGAUGCUCCACAAAGAGAAUUUCCAAAUUUCCUUCUGUUGAGCUAAGCUCAGGAUGAGCUGGGCUUACCCAGAGUUAUACAGGGAGAAAAUCUGACACAGCGUCUCCAGCUUUUACACAAGCAGGGGCUACCGCCCUGGUCAGGAGCUAUGUUCCCUUUCCCAUGGGUCUCAAAGCCAG